AAUUCAAGUCAAAUUCACGAGCAAUAUUUAUGGGCAGAUUCUUACGUCAAUUUGCUUAAUAUAGCACACGGGGGAAGGGGAUUGUUAGUAAUAGAAACUAAGGGUCCAAUUGCCUCCUGGAAACCGUCGUGCUGAAUUCUAAGUGUAUCAUCACGAUGGGCUGACUGACCUGUCUUUUCAUCCUCACUUAUCAUUUCUCACUGGUGCCCCGCCGGUGUAUACCGUUAGCACGGGCGGGGUUUACCAUUUCAUUGUCAUCCAUUAAAAAAAUAUGGGUGCAGGUAUGGGCCGCAAAUAUGUGCUCUUUGCCCGAGCGUACAGCAGUGGCAUGCUGCCAUCGCGUUAUUAACUUAGGACCAAAGGCCCAAACCUAUACUAUGACAUAUUAUUUCAGCCGUUAACUGUCCACUGCUGAACAUAAGUCUUUUCCAUAUGGGGAGUUUUGUUAGUAGUUGCCACGCUUGGCACGCGGGGUGACAACCGCAGUUAGGUUUUUACAGAUGUUUUAAGAGGGACGCUGCUGCCCAUCCCUCCACCAUAAACUCCCUUAGUCGCCCCUUACGACACCCAUGGGAAAGGAAGGGGUGGCCCAUUCUAAGUCGGGGCACACACGGCAUACGAUAACAUAGCAGUACUUAAAAUAUAGCGCAGAUUAGAAGUGUAUAAAAAUAAAAAAAAAGUAACGAUUUGACGAAGACGGAACACAAAUAAAGUGAUUAGAAGCAUUACAACUUCUAAGAACAAAGAAUUUCAAUUUUAUAAUAGAUUUAUUGUCUCAGAAAAGUUUUUUAUAUAUAUAAUAUUUGUAUGAUGUAUAGCUGAAUAUGAUAAAAGUUUAUUUACCAGUGUCAUCUUGUUGUACCAUAUUCUAACAAAUAAAUUUAUUAUUAUUAUUACACCAACGAGAAUUUAUUUACUAAUAAUUAAAAUUUGUAACAGUUCAUAACUAAUAAAAACUUUAAGUGAGAAUAUGGUUGUGAACGCUCGUGCAGAUUAGUGUUAGUGAUUAACUGCACUAGUAAUAUUAAAAUUUUGCCGAACCGUAUUAUUUCCAUAGAAUAAUGGAAUGCAAUCUGCAUAAAUGGAUUGGAUAUAUGUGUAUGUAUAUAUGUAUAUAUUUAGAUAUCUAUGAUACAUUUUUUAUAAUGUUAUGUUUAAAAUAUCAAAGCCUUGUUAAUAAUAAUUUAGAAAAUAAUUAACUUAUUGUUUUUAUAAAUAAACAAGAUCAAAACAACAUUUUUUUAUAAAUCAAUCCAGGUUUUACACUUUUCUACAAUGGUAACACCUAACGUCAUUCACACUUUCUCAAUCUACCUACAUUAUAAAAAAAACUAACAUUGGUCAUUGCUCAUGCAUACUCGUACGUUCAGUUGACAAAUGAACAAGUUGUAAAUACUUUUAUUUUUUCUGAGAGUUCAGUGUUAUUUAAAAAAAAAGUAAGUUUAUUUAAACUUUUGUUUAAAUAUCGCCCUUUUAGUUAUGGAUUCACCAAAAACAACGUCCAAAAGGGUUGCUAAUUUGACAAUCUAUGAAAGGACUGUAUUGACUCGAUUAAUAAAAAGAUACCCACAGGUUCAAUCAAAAUUACGAGACAAAUUAUCUGCUAAUAAAAAAAAGGAAGUAUGGAAUUUAAUUGCUGCGAAAUUUAAUUCGUACCCUAAUGUACACAAGAGGGACAUAAUUACAUUAAGAAAAGCAUGGAAUAUUAUGAAGAAUUGUACAAGAAAAGCUGGAGCGAGUAAACAUUGUAACGAACGCACUGGAGGAAGCUCACCUUUAUCACCAAUAGAUGGCACAACUAAUGUUGUGGAAGAGGAUGCUCCUGUUGUUAUAAACGAAAUUAAAAAUUCUUUUGAUAGCGAUGGAAUAAUUUUAAACACAGCUGUAAAAAGUCAAGACAGUGAUUCUAUUGAUGCAGAUAUUAAAGAUAAUUUAGAAACCAGUCUUUCUGUUACUGAGCAGAAAUAUAGAUUAGAAUUACAGAUGUUAAGAAUAAAAAAAAGAUCUGCUAAAUUUGAAGAAGAAAUAAACAAAACACUUUUAGAAAAAGCUAAAAUAGAGUUAGAGGGAAUAAAAACAAAGAUGACUGAAGACAAAAAUUUUAAUAACGAAAAUAGAGACGACAUAGACGAUUUUAGAAUACAGCUUCGAUUAGAAGAACUUCAAUAUAAAAGAAAAUUAUAUGAAUAUCAGUUGCAAUCAGUUGCGAAGGAAGUGGAAAUAAAAAACGAAACUUUAAAUCAGUUAAGAGAUGGGCGCUUAAAUUGGCAGAAUUUUUUUAAUACCUCCUAAAAUAAUUAAAUUAUACAUACAUAUCUGUCACGCCUGUGCCCCAUUAGGGUAGGCAGAAACAAUGAAACGCUAAAUGCUUCAAUUCUAACAAACCUUUUUGCUUUCUUCUCUUCUUUCUCAUCUUUUUCUAUACGCUCGCUAAAUUAAUAUAUUACUAUGAUUUCUUUUAAAAUAAAUUAUUUGUAACAUUA